AAUACUCGUCUGGUUCGUCUGUAUCCACAACACAUGAACGUGGUACCUUCAGGCGUUUGGAAAGUGCUCCCAAGGAUGAACCAGACUUGUGGAGGUCUACAAUUCUUUUUCUGAGGUCUUGGCUGAUUUCUUUUGAUUUUCCCAUGCUGUCAAGCAAAGAGGCACUGAGUUUGAAGGUUGGGAGUAUGACACAGACAGUGCAGACGAAUGGGGUGCAACCCCUCAGUAAGACAUGGGAACUCAGUCUGUAUGAGCUACAGAGGACUCCACAGGAGGCCAUCACAGAUGGGCUGGAGAUAGCCGUGUCCCCCAGGAGCCUCCACAGUGAGCUGAUGUGUCCCAUCUGUCUGGACAUGCUGAAGAACACCAUGACAACCAAGGAAUGCCUGCACCGCUUCUGUGCCGACUGCAUCAUCACCGCCCUCAGAUCAGGCAACAAGGAAUGCCCUACGUGUAGGAAGAAGCUGGUGUCUAAGCGGUCCCUGCGGCCGGACCCUAACUUUGAUGCCCUCAUCAGUAAGAUCUACCCCAGCAGAGAUGAGUACGAGGCCCACCAGGAGAGGGUUCUGGCCCGCAUCUCUAAACACAACAACCAGCAGGCCCUGUCCCACAGCAUCGAGGAGGGCCUCAAGAUACAGGCCAAGAACAGGCUUCAGCGAGGGAAGAAGCACCAGCUGGAGAACGGGAGUGGGCUGGAGGACAACGGUGACUCCUCCCACUGCAGCAACGCCUCCGUCCACUCUAACCAGCAGGAGGCGGGGCCGAGCAUCAAGCGUACCAAGACGUCAGAUGACUCUGGUCUGGACAUGGACAACGCUACGGAGAACGGAGGGGGAGGUGACGUGGCCAUGGACGGAGCCAGCGAGAUAGAACUGGUGUUCUGUCCUCAUCCUACGCUCAUGGACAAGGAGGACAACGUGCAGACCAGUGUUGAGUUUGUUCCCAGGUACAUCAAGACGUCGGGUAACGCCACAGUGGACCACCUGUCUAAGUACCUGGCUGUGCGUCUGGCUCUGGAGGAACUGAGGAAGAACGGAGAGGCCAGCCCUGUCAAUGUAGACGCUGCCUCAGAGAAACAAUACACCAUUUAUAUCCCUACGGCCAACGGCCAGUUCACGGUGCUGAACGGGUCUUUCUCUCUGGAGCUUGUCAGUGAGAAGUACUGGAAGGUGAACAAACCCAUGGAGCUGUACUUCGCCCCCACCAAGGAGCACAAGUAGACCGCCUGGAGUACACCUGGGGGGGUAGACCGCCUGGAGUACACCUGGAGUACACCUGGAGCACACCUGGUGGGGGUAGACCGCCUGGAGUACACCUGGAGUACACCUGGAGCACACCUGGGGGGGUAGACCGCCUGGAGUACACCUGGGGGGGUAGACCACCUGGAGUACACCUGGGGGGGUAGACCACCUGGAGUACACCUGGGGGGGUAGACCACCUGGAGUACACCUGGGGGGGUAGACCACCUGGAGUACACCUGGGGGGGUAGACCACCUGGAGUACACCUGGGGGGGUAGACCACCUGGAGUACACCUGGGGGGGUAGACCACCUGGAGUACA